UAAAGUUUUCGAUGUUAAAACAUUGGAAAUAUUGGUGUUCUUAGAAGUAAAGUACGAAGGGGAGAAAAGAAAAAAAAAAAAAAUUUCAAAAUUCCUAUCUCUCAUCACCUUGCUAUUAUUUUAUAAUAAUUUUAAUCAUCGCUAUGAUUGGGGAUACCAAGAAGGAUAAUUGCCACCGCAAGCUAAUUCUUUGUAUUGUCAAGGCUGUAAAACAAUUCAUUGAUCUCUGUAAUAAUAUUGGCUCAACAUGCUCGGCUAGACGUAACAUUUCGCAGACGACUGCUGUCAAGUUCCUGUACGCUCGUAAAUUUGAUAUAACUCGGGCUGUUUCACUUUACGAGCAACAUGAACAGAUACGUCUAAAAGAAGGUCUCUACAAUAUCGAUCCAGAUGCAGAACCAUUAUAUUCGGAAUUAAAAACUGGCAAAUUUACAAUAUUGCCUGCACGUGAUUCCAGUGGUGCUGCUAUUGCUCUAUUCACCGCCAAUAAACAUAGUCCAUUAAAUGUUACACAUACCACAACAUUGCAGGGCAUCGUCUAUCAACUGGAUUGUGCUUUACAGGAUACAGAAACUCAAAAGGCUGGUCUCGUGUUCAUUUACGAUAUGAGUGGCUCAAAAUAUUCAAAUUUUGAUUAUGAUUUAUCCCAGAAAAUCUUAACAUUGCUUAAGGGAGGUUAUCCAGCUCGCCUGAAAAAAGUUCUUAUUGUUACCGCACCGUUGUGGUUUAAGGCACCUUUCAAAAUAUUGCGUUUAUUUGUGCGGGAGAAAUUGCGGGAGCGAGUAUUUACUGUGUCUGUGCCUACGCUAAGCCUGUACGUGCCACGCGCAGCGUUACCUAUACAUCUUGGUGGUACGCUGGAGAUUGAUCACAAUACAUGGUUAUUGCAUUGUCGCAAAUCGAUGACGAAUCGUGAAGACGAAUUGCUCACCAAUAUUGGUGGUUUAGCAGCGACAAUAACAUCAAUAAGCACGAACACGAACAAUCAAAAUCAAAAUAUUACGAACAUUGCUACGGAAAUUAAUAAUCAACAUCAUAUAAUAAACGGUUUUUUGACAGCGAAUGAAUUAAACGAAAACAAUACCGCAACAACCUUAACCAAUGGUCAUAAUCGUCAGCAUACUUCGGCCGUCAUACCAAUAGUCAGUAGUCCAACAAAUAAUAAAUUGAUUGCUUUGAUCGAGGAUAGCGGCAACAGUGAUACUAAUUAUCAUUCUGAUCUUGCGGUAACGUUACCGUCAACAAUAAAAGCUGUAACGCCUUUGGUUAACGGUAUCGUUCAGUCUGUAAAUAAUAGCAGUAGUGGUGGUGGUGGUGGUGGUGGCGGCGGCGGCGGCGGCGGUGGCGGUGGUAUUGUUGGUACACAAACGGGUCUCAGUGAUUUUUGGACAACCGAGAACCCACCUAGUAGUGCCUCAUCUGGGUUUAGUGAUGACGACAGUCUGGCUGGGCAAGAGGGUGAUCCGAAAACAAUUGAACAAAUUGUUCAAAUGGUAAAAACACUCGGCCGUAAAGGCCUGAUUAAAGAGUAUACCGACAUACGUAGUAGAGCGCCUGAGGGCACAUUUACUCAUGCCAGAAUACGUAAUAACUUGAGCAAGAAUCGUUACACAGAUGUACUCUGUUACGAUCAUAGCCGAGUGGUGCUUUCUCGUAUCGAUGGCGACGAAUCAUCCGAUUAUAUUAAUGCCAAUUUUGUAGAUGGCUACAAACAGAAAAACGCAUAUAUCUCAACUCAAGGUCCAUUACCAAAGACAUCCCAUGAUUUCUGGCGCAUGAUCUGGGAGCAGCAUUGUUUAGUUAUAGUGAUGACAACACGCGUUAUGGAACGUGGACGCGUUAAAUGCGGCCAGUACUGGGAACCGUCGGAGAAUAGUUCCUUAGAAUUUGGUAAUUUUCUCGUACGAACAGUUAGUAUAGAAACCAAUGAAGAUUAUACAGUAGCCUCAUUAGAAUUGAGAAAUACAAAGACUGACGAAGUGAGAAAUGUGUCACACUGGCAGUUUACCAGUUGGCCAGAUUAUGGUGUACCUAGUUCCGCCAUGGCCAUGAUUAACUUUUUGCAAAAAGUGCGUGAGAAACAAACACAAAUGGUGCAAGCUUUGGGUGAUACAUGGGCUGGCCAUCCACGUGGUCCGCCCAUUGUCGUACAUUGCAGUGCAGGAAUCGGUAGAACAGGUACUUUUAUUACUUUGGACAUUUGUAUAUCCCGUUUGGAAGAUGUCGGUACCGCUGAUAUCCGUGGCACUGUCGAAAAGAUACGUUCUCAACGUGCCUAUUCAAUACAAAUGCCGGACCAGUAUGUUUUUUGUCACUUGGCGUUAAUUGAGUAUGCGGUAUCGCGAGGUAUGAUUGCCAGUGUCGAUCUGACAGGAUUUAAUGAGAGAGAUGAUGAAUCGGAUUAAAUUUAUAAAAUACAAAAAAAAAAA